UCUAAGGGGUAGGUUUGACAAAGCAAAUGAGUGAGUCUUUGACAUGAAGACAGUGGUUAGAUUCUGCCAUUGGGACUGCUCUGAUGUUUCCAUUCUCUCCUGGUUAUGACCAUAGAGCCUUGUCCCAGUCUCUAGACCUGCCUGUCUGUGUGGUGGAUGACCACCUGACCUCUGAAGCUGUCAAUGAGAUGGAGCAGAGCAAUUCUACCAGGAGCAGAGCAACCUCAGUGAUGGAAACCACAGAAGAGGGGAAGCUCAACAAUGUAGAACAUCUGACACUUAUGGACUUCCUUCAAAACCUAACUGAGAAGCAAUGGAGGGGGAUUCGUGAGGGCAUGUUUGACCCGCUGACAAAACAACAGCUUGCCGGCUUGUGUCUGAGGAUUGUCCAGUUUUUAUCGGACAAGCUGAUGCAGAUCAUCAUCCCAGGUCUUUACGAACUACUGGGCAUCCAAGAUGCUGCCUCCUCUCCAUUGUCACAGAGAUCUCUCUCGGCGUCACUCACCAGUCUGUUAGACGAUAAGACUAACACCAAGUCCCGCGUGAGAUUUACUGAGGCUGGUGUACCUAAGAGGCCAGGCAGUCGAAAGUCUUACAAUAGCUUUCGCAUCCCGACUCCCUACCCUUCCUCCAACUGUGUGGAGCAGGAAGAGGAAGAAGAGCAGGAAUCACAACUUAAGUUCAAGGAGAUUUACCUGACUAAGGACUGUCUGGGCAGUGGAAGCUACCUGCCCAAUGGGGCCAUGAGAAGAAAACAACCAACUCUGAGACACUACAAGUCCUCUUAG